AUGAAGACUCUUGUUGUUCUCAGUGUCCUGAUCGCGGUCUCCUGCGCCAAAGUCCUCAGCAGAUGUGAAAUGGUCAACGUUAUAAAGGACUCCAGGCUAAGCAAAUUCACCCAGUACAGCACCGCUGAUUGGUUGUGCCUGGCCCAACAUGUGAGUCAAUACAACACCCGUGAGGUGGGACGCGACGUGAGGGAUGGAAGAAGAUGGGCGUCCGAGUAUGGGAUUUUUCAGAUCAGCAGCAAAUGGUGGUGUGAUGAUGGAGUGACUCCUGGUGCCGUCAAUGGCUGUGGCAGGAGAUGUACCGAAUUCCUGGGGGAUGACUUGGAACCUGACAUUGAGUGUGCAGCCAAGAUAGUGAGCGAACGAGGAAUGGAGGCCUGGAGCUCCUGGGUGGAGAACUGCAAGGAUAAAUGGAUUGGCUAUUACACCUACUUUUGCUUCUGA